AUGGAACUGCACGCUUGGAACUCAACUUUUUCACCAGAUAAUCAACAAAUUCAGCAGCUUCCACCUCACCUCCAAAUUCAAAGUCAGGCUAAUGACAUUAACAUUAAUACUGGACAGGUGCUGGGAAAAUCGCCAUUUUUUCCUGAAAUAGAGACCCAAUCGAUAAACUCGGCUCAUCACAGUGUUCACUCUGCAUCUAAUCACUCCACGCCAGCCGCUCAAAUUACCAACAACAACAACAACAACAAUAUUGUCAACAAUAGCGGCAACAGCAAUGGGAAUUAUUUAAAUGCCAACUUGCAAUUCACUCCACAACAGCAACAACAGCAACAGCAGCAACAGCAGCAACAGCAGCAACAGCAACAACAACAGGUAGGAGCUGGUGGUCAGAUACUGCUGGUAGGAUCUAACCCUGGUACCUACAGUGAAUCAGAACAACUAUUUUUACAACAACUCGAGCAGAAUCUUUACGAUCAUGAGCUGCUGUAUAAUAUACAUGACGGUGGUAAUGGUAGCGUAGGACCAAGUCAAGGAAGUACUCCCUUUCAUUUAGAUGCAAUUCUGCAUCAACAGCAUCCUCUACAACUUCAACUGCAACAACAUCGAGUACAACAGCAACAGCAGCAGCAACAACAACAGCAACAACAGCAGCAGCAGCAGCAGCAGCAGUCAUUAACAACAGCAGCAGAUCAACAUCUUCUUCUUCAUCAGCAACAACGAGAGGUGUACCGCCCACAACAAUUUACACGACAUGAGAUUCUAUCAAAAAAAAGCACACCAUUUAAGGAAAUAGAUUAUUCAAGAGAAGGAAGUAAACUGAACCACAGUACACCAAGCGAAAUUUCAUACAAUCAACAUCAACACCUGCAAGAAUACCUGCAACAACGUCCACUUUCCCAACAAGCUCACCAUCUGCAAGGUAAUCUGCAAUUUCAACCCGAUCCCAGUUCAUUGCAACAACAACAACAACAACAACCACAACAACAACAACAUUAUCAUCAAAACCAGCACCUCCCCCUCCAACAACAUCAACAACAACAACCGCAGCCAUAUGAAUUUUCAUUGGACAAUUUAAAUUUUCUUAUUCCCGAGGAUUUCAACUUUGACGAGACCCACAACGAAACGACUUCUUCGUCGUCCGCCUUUCCUCCCAAUGUGCCCACUGAACAAACGCCGGCUCUUUUAGCUAUAAACCAGAUACGAAAAGCUGAGAUGGCUUCUGGUAUUCAUGGACAUGAGCAAGGUCACACUGGCCAAAGCCAAAGCCAAAGCCGAAAUCAAAGCCAUGAAUUUGAAUCUCCUGUCCUACCCGGGCAGAAUGAGAAGCUGUUCAAUCAUCAACAUUUGUAUCACAAACAAACUUCUGAAAAUAGAGUAUUUACGACAAUACGCAACUCUAUACUGGAUCCACCACAACAUGUACGGCCUGAAGCAGUGUUUACACCACUCGUGAGUCCAGCCAUCACGCCAUUAGAAAGAGCAGCUACGGGGCAAGCACCUGCGCAUAUUAAUUUCGAGCCAUUGACAUCUCCAGCAUUGAAUGCCCAACAACCAUCUUCUUCUUCUACUUCUUCUUCAACAGCAAUAACAACAACAACAACAACAACAACAAACCCCAAUACCAAUAGUGUUGGUAAUGAUAAGAGAAGAACGUCAAGUUCAAUGUAUGCGCCAGCCUCAACAGAGGAACAGAAAUCUACAAAGCGAAGAACUCCUCAUAGUACUCCUGUUUUGAAUGCAGUAAACAAAAGUUAUACUUCGCCCUCAGUAAAGCCACGUUUGAGCAAUUCUUCAUCGUACAACAAUGGAAUGCAAAAAUUACCAGAGGCUUCUGUUGAUAAUGUGCAACAACACGAUAGCACCAUGCUUCCACCAAGUGGAAGACCAAUUACAGUAAAUAAAACGCCACUCAUGGGGUUCACAAUGGGUAAAUUAGCCGAAGAGGAGCUUAACAAUAAUCCCAAAAAUAACAAAAAUAACAAAAAUAAAAAGAAUAAAAAUUAUAGAAACGAUCAAGAAGAAGAAGGAGCAGAAGAAGCAGAAGAAGACGGGUAUGAUGAUAAUAUUAAUAAUAAUAAUCAUAAUUAUGAUACAAAAGAUUUCGACGGUAGUGACGGGAAAGCUAGUGCUGAUAAUGUUGGCGAUAUUUCGAAAAACUCAAUGCUGCGUAAAUCAAGCAUCAAAAAGCCAAAAUCAGUGUCUCGUAAAUCGUCAACAUCAAAACAUAGAUCUAUGUCAUCUUCGUCACUGGCCAGUUCCACGACAUCAUCUCCAAAGUUUACAAAGAAACCAGAGAAGCUCGCUUCUAAAAAGGCAUCACAUAAGAUUGCUGAGCAAGGUCGGAGAAAUAGGAUGAAUGUUGCAAUUGCCGAAUUGACGGCAUUGAUACCGCAAGCGUAUCACGAUGAAGUGGCUAUUCCUUCCAAGGCAACAACAGUAGAGUUGGCCUCUAAGUAUAUUACUUUCUUGUUGGGGGAAAUUGACGAGUUGACAAAGGGUAAUCUGGGCGAAAGAAGAGGGAAACAGGAAGAAAACAAGUGGGAAGAGGAUACAACCAAAGAAAGAGAGAAGAAGAAGAAUAAUAAUAAUAACAAUAGCAGUAAGAAUGAUGGUAAGAAGGAUGAUAAGAACGUGGAUGAAGAUGAGAAUAUUGACGAGGAUCUAGAAGUGACCGAAAAAGUGGAGGAGAGUGUGAAAGUUGAGAAAGACCGGAAUUAA